AUGAAUGCCGUUGACUUUGUUCCAAUAUGUGAUGUUAAACUCUAUUUAAUUAGGUCCUAUCAGUCGAGGCUAGAACGAAGAUCUGGUUUGAGCUUCAAAGAUUCGGACGAGAUCAUUUCUCGUCUUUCACACGUGGAUUCUCGGCAGCUCCUUCAUGAGAACUCUCAAGAGGCACUUCAAUUAGGGGCUUCUAGUGCUCCAUUCUUCGCUUCUUCGAGUGGCGAACCUACGGUCACUUUCAGUGAUUUUCACGAUUUCAAGAAUUUUGUUAUAGGUUCUUAA